UUUGCCACCUUAGGAAUGGAAGAAGGGGGCGGAGGCCUUUCGGGGUUUUUGUGCCAAGUGGGCCGGCCCGCAAAGCUGGUACUCCAAGGAGGCGGGCAGAGCCCGGGUGGAGGAAGGCCAUCACUGAGUGCUGAGGCGGUGGGCACCGGAGUUGCAGUGUCCCCACGUGCGCGUUCUCCAAGUUCGCCCGAAGGUACGGAAACUCGCUACGGAAGUGGAGGGCGGGCGGGCAGCCGAGGCCAAGAGCUGUGCCGCACGUCCCUCCCUCCUGCCAGCCAAGCAGCCACAGCACCAGCCGCAGCAACAGGGAAGAAAGCAGGAGGCCGAGCAGCGCGCGAGGUCUGUGAGUGGAAGGAGCCUGAGGAGCUGAAAAGCCUGCUGGAUUUGGAGCUGCAGAGCCAUGGCGAGACACAGGAGAAGAUCCUGGAGCGCUGCCGCGCUGUGAUUCACUACAGCGUCAAGACCGGUCACCCCCGGUUCUUCAACCAGCUCUUCUCUGGGUUGGACCCUCAUGCUCUGGCCGGGCGCAUUAUCACUGAGAGCCUCAACACCAGCCAGUACACAUAUGAGAUCGCCCCUGUGUUUGUACUUAUGGAAGAGGAGGUGCUGAAGAAACUCCGAGCCCUGGUGGGCUGGAGCUCUGGGGAUGGGGUCUUCUGCCCUGGUGGCUCCAUUUCUAACAUGUAUGCGAUGAACCUUGCCCGCUAUCAGCGCUACCCAGACUGCAAGCAGAGGGGCCUCCGGGCACUGCCACCCUUGGCCAUCUUCACAUCAAAGGAGUGUCACUACUCCGUCAACAAGGGAGCGGCUUUUCUGGGACUUGGCACUGACAGUGUCCGAGUGGUCAAGGCUGAUGAGAGAGGGAAAAUGAUCCCUAAGGAUCUGGAAAGGCAGAUCAGCCUAGCAGAAGCCAAGGGUGCUGUGCCAUUCCUGGUCAGUGCCACCUCUGGUACCACUGUCCUUGGGGCCUUUGACCCCCUGAAUGCAAUUGCUGAUGUUUGCCAGCGCCAUGGACUAUGGUUACACGUGGACGCUGCCUGGGGUGGGAGCGUCCUGCUGUCACAGACACACAGGCAUCUCCUGGAUGGGAUCCAGAGGGCUGACUCCGUGGCCUGGAACCCCCACAAGCUGCUGGGCGCAGGCCUGCAGUGCUCUGCUCUUCUUCUCCAGGACACCUCGAACCUGCUCAAGCGCUGCCAUGAGUCCCAGGCCAGGUACCUUUUCCAGCAGGACAAGUUCUACGACGUGGCUCUGGACACGGGAGACAAGGUGGUACAGUGUGGCCGCCGUGUGGACUGUCUGAAACUGUGGCUCCUGUGGAAGGCACAGGGCAGGCAAGGCCUGGAGCAGCGAAUCAACAGGGCCUUUGCCCUUUCCCAGUAUCUGGUGGAGGAAAUCAAAAAGCGAGAAGGGUUUGAGUUGGUCAUGGAGCCUGAGUUUGUCAACGUGUGCUUCUGGUUCGUGCCCCCCAGCCUUCGAGGAAAGCAGGAAAGUCUGGAUUACAGUCAAAGGCUAUCUCAGGUGGCCCCCGUACUGAAGGAGCGCAUGGUGAAGGCGGGCUCCAUGAUGAUCGGCUACCAGCCCCAUGGGGCCUGGGGCAACUUCUUCCGCGUGAUCGUGGUCAACCCCAUGCUGACCCAUACAGACAUAGACUUCCUCCUCGACGAGCUGGAGAGGCUUGGCCAAGACCUGUGAGCCUUCGCCCUCUUGUGACUGCCUUGAUGCCAUCCCUCCCCUUCCAAGUCUGCAUUGUCUGCUGUGCUCUCCAAAACAGACUUUCUAGGAAACAAAGUAGCCUUAACCAUGUUUAUAUGCUUUGACCCACUAACUCUCUUAACUAAAUACUUGCUAUUAGGAGAAUGUUUAAAUAAACAAAUAGUAUAUCCAUAUGAUGGACUGUUACUCUUUCAUCAAGAUAUUUACAAAGAGAAUUUUUAUUAAUACAAGAGAAAAUAAUGUUAUAUGGAAAAAGCUGAAUAUAAGACUUUAUAUAUAGUGAUGUCUGAGAUCUACUAAAAUAUAUAUAGGAGGGGACAGGUGUGGUGGCACACAGCUGUGAUCCCAGGCUGAGGCAGGAGGAUUUGAGCAAGACCCAGUCUCCAAAAACUAUGCCAAAAUGUUAGCAGUAUUCUCUGGGAUGGGAUAACAGGCAAUUUUUAAAUCAAAUCCUCUAUAUCUUUUGUGCUCCUCUCUUGUGUCAUGUAAGGAAUAUGAAUUACUUUGUAAUAGGAAAAUAAUAAAGUUAAAAUUUCAAGUAUUUUA